CUCUCUCUCUCUCUCUCUCUCUCUCUCCUUCCAUUCCAGGUUCCAGCCGGUUCUACACUUUUUUUUUGAAGGAACCGGUUCUACACUUCUGUUUCCCUAUAAAUCCCAAACCUUCAAGGCUUCAAGCAUCAGCAUCAAACUAGAUGCCUUGGCAAAGACGAGUUGGUUUACAGAGAACAAGCACAGCUCAAGGUUUGGAUUUUGAUCUUGAUAUUUUGCUAGUGGCUGAACAAGACCCCAAAAGUUCACCAUAAAGGACGAGCACUCGAGCAUAAGAUAUAUAUAUAAUCUGCAUCCAUGGGCUGUGGAGCGUCAAAAUGGAGUGAUCCCGGUGUCGUACGCCAGAGAGGACUGUCAAGUGUCGGCGAGGUGGUUGUCUUCCUCCCAGGUCUUCGGGUACCAAGAACCAUACACUUCUCUCAGCAAUUAGGUGCUGAUGACCUGGACAAGAGCGCAGUGGAGAGGCUGACAGCUCUGAGGGCUAGGGUUGUGGCAAUGGCGACGCAGGAAUCGUCGGCGGCUCUGAAGCCAAGGCGAAAGGCUGCAGCGCGGCAUGGAGGGUCUAGCACUGCUAAUCUCCUCCAGGCUCUGGAAGAGUACUUGCCAGCUCUGCUAGAACUGGUGGAAGAAGGCAGUGAGAUGAGAAACAAGGUGGAGUUUGUAUGGGCUAACCAGGAAGAUGUGGCUGAGGAGACAUCCAUGGCAGAUCCUUGGUAUGAGGUGCUGUCCGUGCUGCAUUUGAUGGCCAUGGUGUGCUUCUUGCAGGCUAACACCCUGCUUCUUCCUAGGCCCUAUGGUGAUGGUCACGGUCCGAGAGUGUCAGAAGAGAGCAGGCAAGCCACUGUUGAUCUCUUCUUGAAGGCAGCUGGGUAUUUGGAUUGUGCAGUUCAUCAUGUACUCAUACAUAUACCACCUGAAAGAAGAAGAGAACUUCCAGUAGAUCUGGCAGAGGGAAAUCUUAAAGCUCUUAGCUUGCAAGGUCUUGGUCAGGGAGUUGAUAUGCAGCUUGGAUUAGCAAUUGAGAACCCAAAGGCAACAUUAGCAGUAAAACGACGUUUAGCUUGCGAGAUGAUCAAAUGCUGGAAACAGGUUAAGGAUAGCAUCCCAGAGCUUCCUCUGUCAGAUGGAUGGGGGAGAAAACAUGCUCUAUUUGUAAAAUGGAAAUAUGUUGAAGCUAAGGCUGCAGCAUACUAUUUCCACGGAUUGAUUCUUGAUGAGGGGGAGACUGAAAAAUCACAAGAGACUGCCAUAGCUGCUCUGCAAUCAUCAGAAGAAUUUAUCAAUGAGAGCAAAAGAGCUUCUGAGGCCUUCCACACAGCUCCACCAACAUCAAGAAGUCCAUCUGCUUUUGGAACCACCAAAUAUCUCUUUGACAUGAUACCAAAAGAUGCAAAGAGCAAGUUCCAGAGCUACCAAGACCUGAACACACAAAAAGGAGAGUUGAACAUAGGAGUCAGCAAGAUCAUUGUGACGCCGCCUCCAUUGCCAGAUUUCCCAUUGGCUCUAAACCCCGAAGAUUAUGAGCUUCCUUAUUCGGAUCCAUUGCAGAAGGGAGCCAACCAUGGAUAAAGUUCAUUGACAACCUCAAGCCUCUUCUGGAAACUCAAGAUCAGCUGACGAAGAAUAAACAUUCAGAAGUGUCGCAUAAGACUAAUAUUAGAGUGACUUUGGAAAGAGGAAAUGAUCUUGUUACUGGUGACCAUGUCAGCAAAACCCUGUUGUAACCUCAAGAGCAUGUAAAGAUAGAAAAUCUUGCUAAAAGAUAACGCUUUUUUGAGAAGAUCUCUUAGGCUAAAUUUUUUAAUAACUGGUUGCACUUCUAUAUUAAGCACCUGAUAUAUCCUUCAUUCUGUGCUUAAUCAAAUAACAAGCUGGAUUUCAUUUGCGCA